UUCAGCAGUUGUGCACUAUCGACGAGCCUCGGUGUUACGCGAUACGUUUUAACAUACGCGACAUCGUCAUCCGGAAUUUCGCCGGUUCGGCCGGUUUAUACGUGUCCUAUGUGUGUGUAAAUGUGUAAAGGUGCUUGUGUUAAUGGAAAGUCAGCACUCUGCCGCCUAGAGCAUUUUGCUGUUACGGGAAUGCUGAUGCUUCUUCCAUCGGUUGUCGUUCCAUGAACGGCGGGCCUCGGCCACCCGUGCCGGGUUUGAUCCCGCUGGCGGCCCUGUGCCGACGCCCCGGACGGCCCCGUCGAUCGAUCGAUGAGGACGCUGCCGACGCUGCUGCCGACGCCACCGCCACCGGGUCACGUUGUCUGGAAACGCGCGCCGCACCGAUCACAGCCCCCGGCCGACGCCGCCACCACCAUCGCCGCCGCCGGGCUUCUUCCGCUGUUAGUAAACAGAGUCGCAGCCUGUCUCCUGCUCUCGAACGACCACCGCGAGUGAAUCCGAUUUUUGUCUGGGUCCGGCAGGAAGACACACGCAUCGUGGACGUAAAAUGCGAAGACUACGACAAAAGAAAUCGCAUUUUACUAACGAAAACCGCUCACGGUUGGCGCGCCAUCCCGCGUACCGAGACGCUGACCGCCCCUCGGGGGUCGGGUGAGGAAUCGUUUUCCAUACCGCAAGAAUCAUCCGGUCAUCAGCAUAAACAUCACCACCAUCACCAUCAUCAUCAUAAGCGACGUGGCAGGAAGGCUGCAAAAGUAAGCCAUUCUGCUUCGGUUCAGUUUCCGGAAACUGACUCCGGUGUCGAGCCCCCUUGGCUGACAACCGAAAAUGUAAAUAUAGAAUCGCUCCUACCGUCCCAUACUAUCCAAGUAAAACGAAUGUCCUCGCCGUCGUCGGGAAACGUAGUCGCAGCUUCGACGGAAAGUGUAAAUAGUGGCUCGGAGCAGGAGUUACCGCGCACGGACCCGGAGUGCAGCACGCCCGAUAAAAUCUGUGACGUCAGUCCGCUUGAUAAUUUAUUGGCAGUGGCGGAGCUUGAACUUAAACAACACAUGGAAUCAGGAAAUUGGAAUUCGCUGCCUGCACCUAGUGCCCUAAAUCACAAUCUGGAUAAGUUUGAGGAGACUCACCAAAAUAAUUCCCAGCAAGAGUUGUCAGAAAAUAUUGAAAAAAGUAUUGGAUCUGAAAGUAGCUAUCAUGAUGACGAUGAUGAAAUGUCCAUGAAUGAUAUUCUUUCACGUUUAGAACAAUCGUUGCAAAGUCCUCAGGCCUUUGAUUCUGAAAAUCAUUUUGGUGAAGAUACUGAACCAAGUGAGCAAUGCAAGGAUAACCACGAUGUGACUAUCAAUAAUAAAAAUGAAUCUGCAGAAAAUAAAUAUGCUGAUUUUAGUGAUGUUCAAAUUAUUGAACAAAUUGCAAAUGAUCCUCCUCCUGAAGAUUUUAAAACAAAAUGUGAAAACUUGCCUGAAGUUUGUGAAACUGAAGUAAAUGCACAUGUAGAUCUUAUUGAGUGUAAGUCGGAAACUCCUAAUAUACAUAAUACUGAUCUAGAAAUAAACGACCAAAUAGUUAAUAACGAAAUUUGCAUAGAACCCAAAAAUUUAGCUGAAAAUGAUGAAAUCAUAUUAGAUCAGGAGUCACAAGAUAUAAAUAAAACUAAGUCUGAAGACGAUGCUAAAACCACCAAUAACGAAUCUGAGUGCACUAUAACAACAAGCGAAGACACAUUUGUAGAAGCAGAAUCUUCAACUCCAGCAAAUGAGUCUCUACCUCUGAUUGAACAAGAAAAAUGUAAAUCAGAAUUUGAAGAAUGUCUUGAUCUUUCAAUUAAAAAACCCACAGAGAAACCACUUGAGUUGUCAAUUUUAGAAGACAGCAAUGAGGAACCCACUGAUUUAAGUGUUAAAAAACUACCUGGCUCUCCGAAACUACAGCCACAGAGACCACCAUCCCAAAGUUCAGAAGCCAUUCAAUCACCACAACCCAGCGGUAUUCCUGCUAUACCUGCAUCUCCAGAUAUAGUAUCUACAACCACUUCGAUCCUAAAGGGUAAAUCAAUUUUUUUAGAAUCACUACUAGCUAAUACGGCAACUAAAAUAUCGUGUGAGGAUAAUAUUAAGGAGGCCAGUAAACUAUUGGAUUUGGGACAGUCUCGCAAAUCUGCCAGUCCUACAGUAACAUGUUCAGAAGAAAUAAUAAAUUUGGAACCACCGUUAAAAAAAUUAAAAUGUGACGAUAUAACUCUUAAAAGUUUAUUAGAUAAAGAGGAAAGUAAUAUAGCAGAAUCACCAGAUACGCCCCGUUUAUUAAGUUUGCUUAAAGCAUCCAGUGAUACAGAAGAUCCUUUAGAAGAAUACAAACAACUGCUAUUAGAAAUUGACAUUCCAAAUCCACUUAUGGUACCAAAGGAUGUUUUUCCAGACCUUCUUAAGCAUCCAAGGAGAGAAAUAUUGAAAAUUCUUAGUGGGCAUACGAAUAAGAAUGUAGCAUUAGAUGAUAUUUUAGUAGUGUAUAAAGAUAAACUUUUGGCAGCAUUAGAAGGAAGUAAAAAGAAUAGUGCCAAAAACGACAAACCACGAGAGAACAUUAAAUCUUCUGUUAAAAUAUCCUCCAAAGUAGUUUCAGAAAUUCCAAACAAAAGAAAAUCAGAAAACAGUAAAACCGCAGGCGUCACUGAAAAUAAAGCUUGCUUAGCUAGUGACAUAGAUGCAGCAAAUGAAGCAGCAUUUAAUCCACUUUUCUGGGCCGGUUAUCCGAAUCCUUUUGAAAUGAUGAGUAACUACUCAAAUCAAAACGAUUUUCUACAAGCUCUCUACGCUGCAUCCUCUUUGCCAUACCUAUCGACGCAAUUAAAUGAGCUACAUCCAGGAUUGCAAAUGAUGUUAGGAAACAAAGUUUCUUCCCCUGUAGGAUUUCCUCAUAUCCCUCCAAUCAAUUUAAAUAAUCCACUAGAAGUCUCAAUGUGGCAAGAAGCGGUUAUGCAAGCCAAUAUGCUGAAAAGUAGAACUUCAUAUGAAAAUGCUAUGAAUCUGGUAAAUAUAAAACCAAAUAUUCCAAAGAAGCCUCAAUGUCAAGACAACCUGGGCAAAUAUAACCCACGUAUUGCUAGCAGACAUUCUAAAGAUGCACCAACCAGUCAAUCCAUCUCUUCUUCGAUAAUUCUUCCUACAUAUAGCCAAGCAGGUCUAAGCAAUUCAUCUAAUUGGCAAAAUUCAUAUUUGGGCUUUGGAAGUUUUCCCCAAACAACUCAGAGUAGCAACAAUUUAACAUUAGAUACUCAGUUUCCAUAUUCAACUCAUAAAUCAAGUAAACAGCAGCAGUUAAGUCCGCCUAAUAUUCAAAAGAAAAUGAGAGAGUCUGUUGUUAGUUCUCAAUAUGCGGAUAGGGAAAAGAAACUACAGCAACAUAUAUUACAAGAACGACAAAAAGCACAGCAACAUCAAAAAAUGUUGAGACAACAACAACAACAAUUUCUUCAGCAGCAACAGCACCAAUUAUUUCGACAAAGUUCCAGUAUUGAAAAACAACUAUUUUCACCAGUAGAAAGGCGAGGAAAUAGUUUUCCACCAUUUGGUUUUUCGAAAGAACUUGUUUUAGAGAAAGGUUCAAAUGAGUUUCAAAAGGGAUCGGCAAUAGACUUGUCUAAUGUACAAAAUGGAAUGCAAUCGCGAGGAAAAUCUGAUUAUAGUCCUUAUAAAACAAAUAAUGUAACGGCUUCUGCAAAAAGUUUGAUUGAAGAUAUUCCAGAAGUUGGCAGCACUACUGGUGGACUAGAAGAAAUGCCCGAUGGACACUCGCAAUUAUGGCAUCCGCUCUUUGGCAACCAAACCAAAGGAUAUAGUCCUUGGAAUUUACCUUCAUUGGCAGCCAUGGGAGAAUAACACAGGUUUCCGCCUCCAACUGGCAACUUUUGGAGGAACACUUCGCAAUAUUCUAGUAGAAUGAAUAACUUAGAAUCAUCUAUGGCAGGGUUCGACUUAGAUUCUAUAUUCACUAAGUAAUUUCCAUAAACGAAAAUACAUACAGGAUUCAGGUAGAUACAUCCUCUGCAUCUUUUAAUUUACCACCAUCCUUAAAUUUUAACAAAAUGGAAAUAAUUAUCGGUAAAGUAAUUUAAAUAUUAUUUCAAAAUCAUUGUAUUGGAUUUUUUGGUAAUAUCUUAAUCUGUUAAAGAAUGUACAUCAUACUUACAUUUAAAAAAAUUGACAUUCCACGCUUAUUACAAAUAAUGUUCCUGAUAUUAUAUUUACUUUUAGACCUAGUAAAAUAAUAUAUAGUUCUGUAAAUAAAAUUUAUAUAGUGUUAGCUUCUAUGUUAAUAAAGUUAUAUUAAUGUAAAAUUGUUUAUAACAAAAAACUGUAAAUAAUAAGUAUUUAUGUUUAGUUUUUUAAAGUAAUUUUUGGAAAACAUAUCAAACUUGAACCCAAGGAACUAUUUUCCAAAAUCAUGUCAGUUUUUAUAUUCAGUGUAGGCAUGUUUGUUUUUAAUACUUAAGCCAUGUAUCAUUACUU